AGACUGAAGGGGAGGAGCCGGUACACCUGUGCAAGACUGAAGGGGAGGAGCCGGUACACCUGUGCAAGACUGAAGGGGAGGAGCCGGUACAAAUGUGCAAGACUGAAGGGGAGGAGCCGGUGCAACUGUGCAAGACUGAAGGGGAGGAGCCGGUACACCUGUGCAAGACUGAAGGGGAGGAGCCGGUACACCUGUGCAAGACUGAAGGGGAGGAGCAGGUACACCUGUGCAAGACUGAAGGGGAAAAGCUGGUACACCUGUGCAAGACUGAAGGGGAGGAGCAGGUACACCUGUGCAAGACUGAAGGGGAGGAGCAGGUACACCUGUGCAAGACUGAAGGGGAGGAGCAGGUACACCUGCGCAAGACUGAAGGGGAGGAGUGCGGUAGGCCCGUGCACGACUGAAGGGGAGGAGUCCAGUACGCCUGUGCAAGACUGAAGGGGAGG